AACAUUAGCGGGCUGAGAGCGCGGGUGCCCGAGAGAAAGCUUUGCUAGUGCGGCAGCGGCUCCUGAGACGCUCCGGAGUGUUUUCAUUAAAAACAACAGGGUUCUCCUCGUUUACCGAGACUAAGUCCGGAGGAUCUUCAGCGGCUUCCACACGGCACGACACCGGGCAGCUGAUAGCGGACCACAGACCCGGACCGAAGGGGAAAUUCGAUAGAAAAUGUCCGAAAGCGAAAACUGCGUGCUGCCGCGGGAAGAGCUCCCUGAAGUUGUAGAAGCCAGAGGAGCGGAGGUAAAGACGGAUAAGUCUGACUCUUCAGAUGCUGGAAAAGAGUCCUCCUCAGAUGCCGGUCCCGAUGGAGCAGAUGCAUCAUCUUCCUCAGCUAUUGCUCCAGGUUACGAGGAGAAAGUGCAAACAGACCGGACCAACAGAUUUGAGUACCUGUUGAAGCAAACAGAGUUGUUUGCUCAUUUCAUCCAACCAGCUGCACAGAAGACCCCUACCUCUCCACUGAAGAUGAAACCAGGACGUCCUCGCAUAAAAAAAGAUGAAAAACAAAACCUGCUGUCUGCUGGAGAAUUGUCUUUGAUUGACAGCAACCGGCACCGGCGGACGGAGCAGGAGGAGGAUGAAGAGCUUCUGAACGAAAGCACCAAGACGACCAAUGUCUGCGCUCGUUUUGACGAUUCUCCCUCUUAUGUCAAAGCUGGAAAAAUGAGGGACUAUCAGGUCCGUGGCUUGAACUGGCUCAUCUCUUUGUAUGAAAAUGGCAUCAAUGGCAUCCUCGCUGAUGAAAUGGGUUUGGGUAAAACUCUCCAGACUAUCGCCCUGCUGGGUUACAUGAAGCACUACAGAAACAUCCCGGGUCCCCACAUGGUGCUGGUGCCCAAGUCCACCUUAUACAACUGGAUGAACGAGUUCAAACGAUGGGUUCCCUCUCUUCGUGCAGUCUGCCUGAUUGGAGACAGAGAACAGAGGACUGCUUUGAUCAGAGAUGUGCUGCUGCCAGGAGAGUGGGAUGUGUGUGUCACAUCCUACGAGAUGCUCAUCAUUGAAAAGGCUGUGUUCAAGAAGUUCAACUGGAGGUACCUCGUAAUCGACGAAGCCCACAGGAUCAAGAAUGAGAAAUCAAAGCUAUCAGAAAUUGUACGAGAAUUCAAGACCACCAAUCGUUUACUGCUGACUGGAACACCCCUUCAAAACAACCUCCACGAGCUGUGGGCUCUGCUCAACUUCCUGCUGCCUGACGUCUUUAACUCAGCAGAUGACUUUGACUCCUGGUUUGACACAAACAAUUGCUUGGGUGACACGAAGUUGGUGGAACGUCUUCACACUGUUCUACGUCCUUUCUUGCUCCGUCGUAUUAAAGCUGACGUGGAGAAAACUUUGCUCCCAAAAAAAGAGAUCAAGAUGUACGUGGGCCUGAGCAAGAUGCAGCGAGAGUGGUACACAAAGAUUCUGAUGAAGGACAUUGACAUUCUGAACUCAGCGGGUAAGAUGGACAAGAUGCGCCUGCUGAACGUUCUCAUGCAGCUCAGAAAAUGUUGCAACCACCCGUACCUGUUCGACGGAGCUGAGCCAGGUCCUCCGUACACAACUGACCUGCAUCUGGCCGUGAACAGUGGCAAGAUGGUGGUGCUGGAGAAGCUGCUACCCAAAAUGAAGCAGCAGGGUUCCCGUGUGCUCAUCUUCAGUCAGAUGACCAGGGUGCUGGACAUCUUGGAGGACUACUGCAUGUGGAGGAACUAUGGGUACUGCCGCUUGGAUGGUCAGACGCCGCACGAGGAAAGACAGAUCUCUAUCAACACAUUCAAUGAGCCCGGCAGCGCUAAGUUCAUCUUCAUGUUGAGCACCAGGGCCGGUGGGCUGGGGAUCAACCUGGCUACAGCCGACGUCGUCAUCCUCUACGACUCGGACUGGAACCCUCAAGUCGACCUGCAGGCCAUGGACCGAGCUCACAGGAUUGGUCAGCAGAAGCAGGUACGCGUCUUUCGUUUCAUCACCGAAAACACAGUGGAGGAGAGGAUCGUAGAGAGGGCCGAGAUGAAACUGCGCCUGGACUCCAUUGUCAUCCAGCAAGGAAGACUCGUGGAUCCAAACGCAAACAAGCUGGGCAAGGAUGAGAUGCUGUCCAUCAUCCGUCACGGUGCCACACACGUGUUCGCUUCCAAAGAGAGUGAGAUCACAGAUGAUGACAUUGAUGCAAUCCUGGAGAGAGGUGAAAGAAAGACUAUGGAGUUGAAGGAGAAGAUGUCGUCUCUGGGUGAGAGUACCCUGAGAAACUUCACCAUGGACACAGAGAACAGCAGCGUGUACACAUUUGAAGGAGAGGACUAUAGAGAGAAGAAAAAGGUCAUUACCAACUGGAUCGAGCCGCCCAAGAGAGAGAGGAAAGCCAAUUACGCUGUGGAUGCCUACUUUAGAGAAGCCCUGCGUGUCAGUGAACCCAAAGCACCCAAGGCUCCUCGUCCUCCCAAGCAGCCAAAUGUCCAGGACUUCCAGUUCUUCCCCCCUCGUCUCUUUGAGCUUCUUGAAAAGGAAAUUCUCUUCUAUAGGAAGACCAUAGGCUACAAGGUUCCCCGUAACCUGGAAAUGCCAAACUCUGCUCAGGCGCAGAAAGAGGAGCAGGCUAAGAUUGACGAGGCCGAGGCUCUCACAGAGGAGGAGCUGGAGGAGAAGGAGAACCUGCUGCAACAGGGAUUUACUAUUUGGAACAAACGUGACUUCAACCAGUUUAUCAAAGCCAACGAGAAGUGGGGAAGAGAUGAUAUCGAGAACAUCGCCAGAGAAGUGGAGGGGAAAACCCCCGAAGAAGUCAUGGAAUAUUCUGCUGUUUUCUGGGAGCGCUGCAAUGAGCUGCAGGACAUCGAGAAGAUCAUGGCCCAGAUCGAGAGAGGAGAGGCCAGGAUUCAGAGAAGGAUUAGCAUCAAGAAAGCACUUGACUCAAAGAUUGGUCGCUACAAGGCUCCCUUCCAUCAGCUCCGUAUUUCCUACGGCACCAACAAAGGCAAGAACUACACGGAGGAAGAAGACCGCUUCCUCAUCUGUAUGCUCCACAAGCUGGGCUUCGACAAGGAGAGUGUGUACGAUGAGCUGCGUCAGUGCAUCCGUAACUCACCUCAGUUCCGCUUCGACUGGUUCCUCAAGUCCAGGACCGCCAUGGAGCUUCAGAGACGAUGCAACACCCUAAUUACGCUGAUAGAGAGAGAGAACAUGGAGCUGGAGGAGAGGGAGAAGGCGGAGAAGAAGAAACGAGGUCCAAAGGGUGCAUCAGCUCAGAAACGAAAGUCAGAGGGAACCCCCGACGGUCGCGGACGCAGGAAGAAGCUCAAGUUGUGAAGCUGUUGACGAGCAGCAGUAUCAGAAUUUGAGAGCGCAGCCAGCUCCAGUACUGUUAGUUCUAGUGUCUGUGUUUGUUUAGCAGGCCGUGAUAUUGUACUGUGUUAAACACCCCGACGGACUGAUCUGGUCGUUUUUUAGGUUUUUAGGAAGUGCUCCUCUACAAGCCGGCCUCGUCGUCACUGGCCCUGAACACUGCAGCUGUGCUGGUUUAGUUUUUUGUUUGCUAGUCCUUUUUUUACUAGUACUUCAUUGAAAUAAAUGUAUUUAUGCCUGUU